AUGGAUAAUGUAUUAUCAUUAUCCACUUAUAAUUUACACAUUUGUUCGGAAAACAAUUUUCCUACAGCGGCAGGUUUAGCUAGUUCCGCAUCAGGAUUUGCUUGUUUGGUUUACACUUUAUCACAAUUAUAUGAAUUACCCGUUUCCGCUACGGAGUUAUCAAAGAUCGCAAGGCAAGGUUCUGGUUCGGCUUGUCGUUCCUUGUUUGGUGGAUUUGUUAGUUGGCAGAUGGGAUCAAAACGAGAUGGAUCUGAUAGUCAAGCGUUACAAAUCGCUUCCUCUGAUCAUUGGCCGGAAUUAGAAGCAUUAAUUUGUGUAAUAAGUGAUGCAAAGAAAGGGACGUCUAGUACAGAAGGGAUGCAAAGUACCGUUAAAACUUCAACGUUACUUCAACAUCGUAUUGAUAAUGUUGUACCUGAACGUAUGAAAUUAAUGACAGAUUCUAUUUUGCGAAAGGAUUUUAGCAAAUUUGCUGAAUUAACCAUGAAAGAUUCAAAUCAAUUUCAUGCUUGUUGUUUAGAUACUUUUCCUCCAAUUUUUUACCUUAAUGAUACUUCUCGUGCCAUAAUUAGUGUCAUCACCGAAUAUAAUGAUAAAUCUGGUGAAUGUAAAGCUGCCUAUACCUUUGAUGCCGGUCCUAAUGCUGUAAUUUAUGCUUUAAAACAAAAUAUUCCCGAAAUUAUUAAUUUAAUUUCCAAAUUUUUCCCUCCAAGUCGAGAAAAUCUAACAUUUUUUUCGGAUCCUUUUAAAUUAUUUUCGGAUAGAAAAAUAGGUAAUUUACCUUUACCCGCUAAUUUUAAUGAAAAUAUUAUUCCUAUUUUUCCUAAUGAUAGUGUUAAACAAAUUAUACACACUUGUGUUGGCAAUGGUCCUAGGGUCAAAAAUGAUGAAAGUUUAUUAAAUUCUGAUGGGUUUCCAAAAAAUUUAAAAAAAUAA